UAAACUUUUUUACACUAGUGAGAAGUUGUGGAAAAAUGUAAGACAGUGGAAAUUCCAGGAUUUUCUGAAAACAAUUCAAUAAAAUUCUCCAGGAUGAAUGAAUGAAUGAAGGAUGGGAAACUGUUUAUAUUCCAGGAUGAAUGAAUGAAUGAAGGAUGGGAAACUGUUUAUAUAUUCUGGAAAAAAGAGAUCUCAAUGGUCCAACAUUUUCUCACUAUAGUCUUACAUCGAAUUCUUCAUUUCUGGAUCUUUACCCUGGUCUUAGUUAUGUUGAGUCUGAAAGCUGCUACCCAGGAUGCCAGGAGACCUGGAGGCGCUCCUCUGCUCCCUUGAUAGAUCUGGAGGCGAGCAGCAGUAACUGCUCCAGUCCAGGCAGCUCCCACCUCCAAUCUAGUAUUCUCCACCUCCAUUCUUCUACCUCCACCUACUCUAAGCCAAUUCCUAGUUCAAGGUCGGAUCCCAGUAUGAAACAAGGAUCAACAGUAACCCUGUGAAUACAAUGAUAAAAUGUUCUAGGUCGGAUCCCAGUAUGAAACAAGGAUCAACAGUAACCCUGUGAAUAAAAUGAUAAAAUGUUCUAGGUCGGAUCCCAGUAUGAAACAAGG